UCAGAAUUAACGUUUCACAAAUGCACUCAAGUUUGACAAGAUUUAGCCAGUCAGAUGCCUUUAGAAUAGCCAAAUAUCUUCUAUGUCCCGCCCCUACUCUGCUGCUUCUGUGCCUGCUUUUUCCCAUUUCCUGCCUGGGUUCCUUCAACACUUGCUGUGCCACUGCACUCUCUCCAAGCCAGCUCUUCACGUUUCCCUCUGCCCAGGGUUCACCCUCAUACCCCCACUUUCCACAGCCCCUCAUCACUUCUUCUGCUACAGCUGGGUCCUGUCUUUGGAGGUGACUUCUCUCCGUGGUCUGGAGUUUCUUUCCAGACCCUUGAAGGAGCCAUCCCCAGGGAGGCCAAAGCCACAGGGCAGAGACGAGGCUUGGCAAGGCCUUGGGCUGAGGCCUGAGGGAAGGGCUGUGGCUGGGCCCAUCCUCAGCUUCCCUCAGGACAUCCCUGGCUUUCAGCAACCAUCCCUCCACAAGUCAGUGAGCGCUGGAGAGCCCUCGCACACCUGAAAACUUGCCCACAAAAAAAGUCAGAAAUGAAUCUGGAUGCUUUGUUCCAGCAAAUCCAGCUCACAGAGAAGCAGGCGGGGGAAAAGAGGCGCCUCAUCCAACAAGCUAAAUUUGACAUAAACCGAAGUCAUGAAAAAAUUAACCAAAUAAAAGAAGAGCUGAGCACAGCAAAAAUAACAUUAGAAACUAAGGUUCAGCAUCUGUCUGAAAAAAUGUUCUUCUUAGAAAUUCUGAAGAAACAUGAAGACAGCUUAGAGAAACAGAAAGCUGAACUUACUAAUCAAAAAAGCAUUCUUCAGAAAAACUUUACAGAUGCGAAGAGAAAAAUGACUGAAGAGGAAGAUAAUUUUGCUAGGGAAAUAACAGAGUUUAACAAUGAAUAUGGACUAACAAGUAAUAGAGAUCUUCUGAUUAAAAAAAAAGUCAAGACUGAAAUAAAUGAUUUAGAGAAUGAGGCAGCUCUGUUAAAAAAUGAAAUGGAGUCAAUGGAACAUAAAAGUGUUCAGUUAAAUGCUCUCCAGCUGCAGAAGAAUGAAUUAAAGCAGGAAUUAUUUACUCUCCAAAGUGAACUCAAAGACCUUGAGAAGUUAAUCAAGGAGGCUGAAGGAACAACAAAACGUUUAGAAACAGAAAAAGUCCAAGUCACUGAAAAACCUCAGACUGAUCCUGAAUGUUUAAGGCUUAAGAAAGAAUUGGAAAAUUACAAAGAUGAUGAUUGGGAAAGUAUCUAUGAGACUCUUCGAACAGAAAUUGAAAUUCUGCAAAUGAAGCUAUCACAAAAAAAGUCUUCAGACAAGUGAAUAAUAUGUGGCGUAUCAUAUGAAGUGUCACAGAAGCUAAUCUUUGAGAGUUUUAAAACAAUUUUAUGCAGGCUGUAUCAGCAUGCCUUUUGGUGCUGUUUGGUUAAACCGCAGUUUGUAUCUGCCUUUAUUUUCCAUUAAAAUCAAAUUUUAUUCAUUUAAAA